AUGUCGACUGCCGCUGCUCCCACCGAUGGCCCUUCGCACCAUGGCAGCCGCGCUCACCAGCUGAUCGUUGCUACUGUCGUUGCCAUUGUACUUCCCACCAUCUUCCUCGCUCUGCGCCUGCUCGCCAGACAUGUCCUGCGCAUCCGUCUCUACUUUGACGACUGGCUUAUUAUCAUCGCCUGGAUCGGCCUUGACAUUAGCGGCUCCCUGCUCAUCGAACAUGGCAUGGGUCGCUCCAUUCAGACAGUCAGUGCCUCCGACCUCACCGAGUUCCUCAAGAUUCAGUACACGGGCGUCAUCCAAUACCCCCUCUGUGUCACCUUCACCAAGCUCUCCAUCCUCUACCAAUACCGCCGCUUGUUUCCCAACCACGAUUUCAAACUCAUGACUUCUUUCCUGAUUGCCAUCAUGGUCAUGUGGUGUACUGCAGUCAUGUUUACUGGCAUCUUCAUGUGUACUCCCAUCGACAAGGUCUGGAAUCCCGCUAUCCCGGGCAAGUGCAUCAGUCUGGUGCCUUUUUACUAUGGCAUGCAGAUCCCCAACGUGGUCACUGAUUUGUGUAUCCUCUUGCUGCCUUUCCGCGAGAUUCAGAGACUGGAGUUGCCGAAGAAGCAGAAAUUGGGGGUUGCGGUUACCUGUUUGCUUUGGGUCAUCUCAUUGAUCUUUGGCGUCGUACGUCUAGCCGUCAUGGUACAGCUUACCGACAAGGGUAGCGAUGUCACCUGGAACCUUGUCGCCCCUGCCAUUUGGACGACCAUUGAACCUGCCGUCCAGAUCACCACUGCUUGUCUGCCUUCUCUGCGUGUGCUGUACCGCAAGUACAUGGAUAGCCGCGAGCAAAAGCACAGAUCUGCUGCUACUUCUGCACAGCGUUUGCGUGGCAUGGAAUUGACUUGUCCGCGUGCAGACAGCACGGCCAACGGCUCCAUCACUACCAAAUCUAGCAGAGAACAGCAAGGUAGCGGGGUCGUUGAGAGGGAUGUCUAUGUCUGA